AUGGCACAGCGCAGGCCAAAUACAGCGCCAUUAUGGCUAGGCGCCCUAAUUACAGGCCUCGUACCCCGGAUAUUUCAAGUUUGUCAUUCAUAUCUACCAACAGUCUACCUCGAAGCAGUUACUUGGACUGCUUCUCCGCAGUCAUUCAUGGACCCUCAGUGCUACCGUCUCACACCGGUUCACAAGACCAACAAUGUGGAAUUGAUUCCCCGGGAAGAUGAAUUCCGCUUGUUAUUUAUCACAGAUGUGGACUCGGAAACCGGAUCGAAAGCCGUAGAAUCGAGCAUUGACCCUAACCUUCUUACGAUUAAAGCCUUAAAGCUGGCUUGGAUGGCGGUUGGGUUCCCAUACGCAUCUUCAUAUAAACCACCACUGUUGAUCCUCGCUUGGGCUCCCAUAUACAGAAAGCUUGUUUCUAUCUGUUUCUGGCAUAGGGAUCUUGAUCCAACAAGCCCUCUUUGUGAAGAGCUAGAUAAGGAAGAGGAGGUCUUUGAAGAUACACUCUCCGAGCUCGCGACACGGAACAUAGUCUCUUGGACCUUCUUCACUCUAGGUACUAGACCAGAAGAAAGGGAGCUUUGGAAGUAUGAGUGGCUGGAACUGUUAACAGACAGAGACGAUGGCGUGGAGUCUAGUGAAUCUAGUUCAUCUGAGGUAGGAGAUGAGGCAAACAAAGAAAAGUUGCAGCAUGUCCAGACGUGGCGUGAUACUAUUGCGGCACAAUCGGAUGAUAUGGCGAAGGACUGA